AUGACACAGCAUCUCGAUGCCCAUGCUCGUCCGCCUGAUGACCUCCGCCUGCAGUACAAGCACUAUCAAAAGGCCGCGGUCCACGCACUAGACCUAGACCCUGACCUGUUUGAUGUCAACAGACGCAAUUUGGCCGCCUGUGAAGACCGCAAUUUCUUCCAUCAACAUCCCACCGACAUCAUCAAUGUCUAUUCUCACUUUCUUGGCGAACAUGUCAAUCCAUUGCCAUCUGCCAGACUCUACGAGCAUCCGGGCCUUCCAGGUCUCUUCAUCAUCCCCUCUUUGCUCCCCAAGGAAGUCCAGCUCGCCUUGUUGAACAAACUUCUACAUCGCGACCUGCCAAAUGCCUCGCACCAGACCAAUCUUCAUAUGCACUAUGACAUUUCACAUCCUCAAAAGUCAGAUGGAACACCAGCCUCUUUCUUCUCAGAUCAAGCCCGUCUUCUUGUACAUGAGCCAAAGGAUCCUACCAUCCACAAGUCUCUGGCAAUGUCUUCGUGCCUAAACAGGAAAUUGCGAUGGGUUACUAUUGGCGGACAGUAUGACUGGACCCAGAAGGUCUACCCUUCAUCAGCACCACCACCAUUUCCAGAGGACGUGGCAGCCUUGGUUCAAGGCUUGUUCCCAUCGAUGAAAGCACAAGCGGCGAUAGUAAAUCUGUACACACCCAGCGAUACGCUAAGUCUGCACCGAGAUAUCACCUCGAAGCUUCAUACCUCAACAUUCAAAGCGACCUCGCAUCCUUCCACAACAUUCACAACCGUAAUCAUGACUUCCACAAUCGACUCCUCGAUAUCACCUCUCAAACCAGUCUACGAGCCGAAAGACAGCUCGGCUCCGCGCAACGAAUCACCACAACUAGCCAAACUCAUCUCAACUCUCAACCUUCAACAACACAUCGAAGGCGGCUACUUUGUCGAGACCGACCGUGACACCAACCGCGUCCCAAACCCUUUCCUCAACACCUCACCCUCCGCGUCCAGCCAUGAGCAAACAACUUUCUACACCUCGACAGGCGCCGUAAAAGCAGACCUCGGCAACAAGCUGACAGACGUGGACCCGGACAAGAACAAGAACAUGACUGCAGACUCAACAAGCCAAGACGAGACGAGAAAUGCAAGCACCAGUAUCCAUUACCUCUUGACUCCCGAGUCGCCAAUGGGAGCUUUCCACCGCAAUAGAGGGAGAACGAUACACACACUCCACAGAGGACGAGGUCGCUACGUCAUCAUCCACGCCGACGAGGUCAUGCCCAGCUAUGACACCCACUCGGCUAUCAGGUCAAAGGCAAGAGUAGAGACUUUUAUCGUUGGUCAGAAUGUGGAAAAGGGUGAAAGGCUGCAAUGGAUUGUGGAUGGUGGGAAAUAUAAGAGUAGCUUUUUGCUCCCGCUCGAGGGUGAGGAUGCUGCGGACAACAAUGGCCUGCUCAUUAGUGAGACUGUUGUCCCUGGAUUCGAGUACAGCGAUCAUGACUUUAUGAGAAUCGAUCGACUCGAAGCACUGGUCACAAAGGAGCAGGCUGAUGAGAUGAGGUGGAUGUUGAGAAAAGACGACAAAGUAGUCUGA